AGGAGAAGGAAAGACCAAAGAUCACCAAAGAUCACUCAGCUCUGGUGGCUCUUUUCCCAGAGAAACAGUCAGGAACAGUGGCAGUGAGACAAAACUGGACUGGAACGGAUGGCGACGUGUGCCCAUCAACAAGGAUGGAGAGUGGUCCUGGGGCAGGUGCACCUCCAGCCCCAAGACAUGUCCUGCUACAACCAGUGCCUGCCAUGCCGGCCCUGUGGCCCGACCCCACUGGCCAACAGCUGCAAUGAGCCCUGUGUCAGGCAGUGCCAGAACUCCACUGUCGCCAUUGAGCCCUCUACUGUGGUGGUGACCCUGCCCGGCCCCAUCCUCAGCUCCUUCCCGCAGAACACCGUUGUGGGCUCCUCCACCUCCGCUGCUGUUGGCAGGAUCCUCAGCUGUGAUGGAGUGCCCAUCAACUCUGGGUGCUGUGACCUCUCUGGCAUUUCCAGACGCUACUAG